UCUUUCAUAUUAGUAUUUUAGUUCGUAUAUUAAAGAAGUAAACAGAGAAAGAUAAGGCAAAUUUAAUUCAUUUGUUCCCAAACAAUAACAAUAAUAAUGAGUAUCAAUAAUAUCAUCAUCGUCAUCAGUUUGUUGCCUCUGUUCUUGCUGAUAUCCAUUUUAGGAGGCACGCAUGGUGUUGAUAAUAGAUACGAUUUUCCAUCUGAUUUUAUCUUUGGUUCUGGCACUACUGCUUUUCAGGUGGAAGGGGCAGCCAAGGAAGAUGGAAGGACUCCCAGCAUUUGGGAUACUUUUGUUCAAUCUGGACAACAGACAGAAGACAUCGACGUAGGAUGCAAUCAAUAUCAUAAAUACAAGGAAGAUGUGAAGCUUAUGGCAGAUAUGGGACUUGAUGGUUAUCGAUUUUCCAUCUCAUGGUCAAGACUCAUUCCAAAUGGAAGAGGACCUUUGAACCCAAAAGGCUUGGAGUACUACAACAAUCUCAUCAAUGAGCUACUUCUUCAUGGCAUCCAACCACAUGUAACAUUAUACAAUUAUGAUCUUCCACAAGCACUUGAAGAUGAAUACGGAGGAUGGAUCAGUCCAAAGAUUGUAGAAGAUUUCAGUGCAUAUGCAGAAGUCUGCUUUAGAGAAUUCGGAGAUAGGGUGUUGUAUUGGACAACAGUGAAUGAGCCCAAUGUUUUUGUAAUUGGAGGCUAUGAUUUGGGAUUUUUGCCACCAGGAAGAUGUUCAUUUCCAUUUGGGAAAUACAAAAAUUGCUCUGAAGGAAACUCUGCAACCGAGCCAUACUUAGCUAUGCAUCAUAGUAUACUAGCACAUGCAUCAGCUGCAAAUCUGUACAGAACCAAGUACAAGGACAAACAACAUGGACAAAUAGGAAUCAGCAUCUAUGGAAUUUCAUUGGCUCCUUCUACCAAUUCAAAAGAAGAUGCACAUGUUGCUCAAAUAGCCAGACAAUUCUUCUUUGAUUGGGUCCUCCAUCCAUUGAUGGUUGGAGACUAUUCUAGUAUGAUGAAGAAAAUAGUAGGCUCAAAACUCCCCAUUUUUACAAAGGAUGAAGGCAACUUAGCGAAAGGCUGUUAUGACUUCAUAGGGAUUACAUAUUAUGGAGAGAUGUCAUGCAAAUACUUGCCUAACAAUUGGACAGUAGAAGAUAGAGAUGUCUAUGCUGAUCUACAAGCACAAAUAGAAAUUCAAUCAGCAGCAAAAAGAUCUUUAACGUCAACGAAGGGACUGAAAGGAUUGCUUGAGUAUUUAAUCCAAGAUUAUGGCAACCCUCCUAUCAUUAUCUAUGAAAAUGGUUUUGAAGCUGAGAGGAAUGCAUCGUUGCAUGAUGUGCCAAGAGUGAAAUACAUUAUGGAACAUAUUCAAGUAGUUUUUGAUGCAUUGAGGAAUGGAUCAAAUAUAAAUGGGUAUUUUACAUGGUCAUUUAUUGAUGUGUACGAGUUAUUGACGGGCUACGAAACGAGUUAUGGAUUAUUCUACGUAGAUUUGGAUGACCCGGAUCGAAAAAGAUAUCCUAGGCUCUCUGCAAAAUGGUAUUCCAAUUUUUUAAAAGGGAAAGCUUCUACUAGUUUAGAUUUUGAUCCAACUACAGAGGAGCUUUUGUUUUAUUCCUAGUUCAAGAAUUAGUGUAAAAGAGAAACUAUUAUACCCUUCAAAAAUGUAAAAAAAAAAAAAAAAAAAAAAAAAGACUAAAUCGACAGCUAGUUCUUUAAAUAUGUAUGAUUGUGAGUGACCUUGAGGUAAUUAGGUCACUCACUAAUUAAUGUUCAAUUGACAACCCAUGUACUAAAAAGGAAAAUCGUACUCUUGAAAGAUAAAGCGUAAGAUCCAUUAGUGUUA